AUGGCGGCGGCCGUGGCGGGCCCACGUGGGCGCGGGGCCGCGGACACGGACACGGAUACGGAUACGGAUAGCGAUUCUGAGUUGAGCUCGGGACUUCCAGAAGACAGCUACUCUUCAGGAGGUGAAGCCCUGGAUGGUGAUGAUGAAGACGAAGCAGCAGCCUCUGGCAACGUGGCUGAAGAGGCAACAAGCUGCAAAGAUGGCCCAAGUUCAGGAUGGGCAGAUGCCAUGGCAAAAGUGCUCAACAAAAAGAUUCCACAGAAUAAGUCCACCAUCUUGGCCAAGAAUAAAAGCCUGGAGAAGGAGAGAGAGAAAAAAAAACAAGAAAGGCAAGAAAAGAAAAUGAGGCUCGAUAAAAAGCGGGAAUGGGAAAUGAUGUGCCGAGUGAAGCCAGAUGUUGUCAAAGACCGAGAGAAGGAAAGAAACCUUCAGAGAAUUGCCACAAGAGGCGUUGUACAAUUAUUCAACGCUGUCAGGACGCACCAGAAGCAAAUGGAGGAGCAGAUGAAGAAAGUUGGGAACUCUGAGAGGAAGCGUGCUAAACUGAUGUCUUCUGUUUCAAAGAGAGAUUUCAUUGAUGUUUUAAGAAACAUGGAGGGGGCUAAAGGAGGCAAGAAUCCUGCUGGAAAGGCCACAAAAAGUAAACAGGGUGAAGUGAAGUCUGAAGAGGGGCCAGAAUGGAAUAUACUGCGUGAUGACUUCAUGAUGGGAGCAUCUAUGAAGGACUGGGACAAGGAAAGCGAUGGAGAGGGCAACACUGAAGAAGGAGGUGGUCUGAAACAAGAAGAUGACAGUGACUGAAUGAAACUAAAACCCAUUCAAGAUAAUGUUUUAUCUUCUUAAGUUUCCUUGGAUAAAAAGUCAGCAUUCUGUGAAUGUACAACACGUGGAGGAGAAUUCUUUUAAAAGAAAAAAAGAGACUUGCACAACCUUGGAGUGUUUUCUCCUCCAUGUCAAACUUUUAUUUAAUAUAGCUCCAUUUGCUAUACUGAAAUCCUGAAAUAUUUUCCAAAACAAGUAUAAUUUUCAACAUAUUUCCAAAACAUUUUGUACAGUCAAAAUAGUGGCACUUGCCCAAUGAAAGACAGAUUUUGCCAAGGUCAUUAAAAGUUUAUACAUUAGUCAUGGCAAUUGAUGUAUUAAUGUGCCUGCAUUUCCAAAUCACUGCUGCACUUUGGAAAGUUGUUGCAAUUUGCAAUAGAAAUGGCUUACAAUAAACACAGA